AUGACAUCAGAAGGAGGAGGAGCAGUGGCAUUUCCCGUUAUGACAUUACUUCUGCAUAUUGAUCCUAUAACAGCCAGAGAUUUUUCAUUAAUGAUUCAGACAUUUGGUAUGGGUUGCGCUCUCUUUGUUGUGCUCUUCAUGAGAGUGAAAAUUGAAGAGCGUGGUCUGUUAUUUGGUUGCUUUGGUUCAAUUCCUGGAAUGUGCUUAGGAUUUGCAUUUGUCGACGACAUGUUUGACGCAGCUCAAAAGAAGAUGCUUUUUGUCUCUAUAUGGAGCUCAUUUGCCAUCGCAUUAUUUUUACUAAAUUCACAGAAGAAAAGGCUAACCUAUGCCAGUAUACCUGAUUUUAAACUAUGGAAGGCAGCGGUACUUGUGUCAACGGGAUUCAUCGGAGGUAUUUUUACCUCCUUUGCUGGAUCUGGAGCUGAUAUCUGCGUUUUCUCCAUCAGCACACUCUUGUUCAGAAUCUCCGAGAAAACAGCUACUCCCACAACUGUAGUUUUAAUGGGUAAUCAAUGUUGCUGA